AUGCUCCUGGAUCAACUUGUCUGUGGGGUCAGAGACACGAGGCUACAGAGGCGCUUAUUGGCCAGAAAGGACCUUAACCUAGCCCAAGCAAUCGAAGAAGCCCUGGCCGCUGAGCUAGCCAUACAGUCAGCCGCUGAAAUACAGGGAGGCGCACCCAAAACCAGUCCAGUCACUGUGCAUUCCGAGGAAGCAGUGAACGAGGAAGAGCCUAUUGAACAUUCAGAAGUCCACCGCCUUAAACCAUUCAAGCAACCACAGCUUCUGGGGUUGGAUUGGUUCCCCUUUCUCGGCCUUAGCUUAACGGGAGUACAUGCUGUCUCAUCCUCCGAUACCGACUCACUCUUUUCAGAUUACGCUGACGUAUUCAGUGAUGAAUUGGGCUGUUACAAAGGCACACCUAUAUCCUUCUCGGUAGACCCCCAAGCAGUUCCCAUCCGCUUAAAGCCGCGAAGAGUACCAUUUGCUCUGCGAUCUAAGCUAGAUGCGGAACUAGACAAAUUACUCAAGCAGGGGGUAAUUGAACCCACAGAUUUUGCUAGAUGGGAGACACCAAUUGUCACACCCCUAAAAAAGGAUGGUAGUAUAAGAAUGUGUUCAGACUACAAGACCACAAUAAACCGCUAUCUGCAGACUAGCGCAUACCCAGUGCCAGUAAUCCAACAUUUACUUCACACAUUGGCCGAAUUACAAACCAUUGUUACCCACAGGGGGGCCUUCCGAUGCAAGCGCCUCCAAUUUGGCGUCAGCGUCGCCCCGGGCAUAUUCCAGUCAUUAAUGGAACGGAUCCUGCAGGGCCUUCCUGGUGUGGUUCCGUACUUUGAUGACAUCUUGGUUUCAGCCCGGGACAGAGCCCAACUUUUUCUCAGAGUUACAGAUCACAAACCACUGUUGGGACUUCUCUCCGGGGAGAAACAAACGCCGCAAGUCUUGUCACCCAGGAUGACAAGGUGGACCUUAUUCCUGGCGGCUUAUUCAUACAAAUUAGUUCACCGCCCAGGAAAAAACCUCAGCCAUGCUGACGCCCUCAGCCAAUGCCCGCUGCCAACACCCGUGGAGGAUCCGGCCCCAGUACACACCAUUUUCGACACCAGUGAGUUCAGCAUUCCAGUCACUGCGAGAGACAUUGCUUUUCAGUCCAGAAAAGACACACUUAUCACCCAGGUCCUGGACUGGGUACGGAGGGGGUGGCCGGGUAGUAAUCCAUCUAACGAUUUUUCACCAUUUAAAGUCCGCCAACAGGAACUUUCCAGUUUACAGGGCUGCCUGCUUUGGGGGACCAGAGUUGUCAUCCCGGAAUCUCUGCGCAGACCCGUCCUGAAGGCAUUGCAUGAGGGGCACCCCGGCAUCGUCCGAAUGAAGGCAUUGGCCCGGAGUUACGUCUGGUGGCCGAGCAUGGACGACGAAAUCGUGAAAUGGGUAAGCUCCUGCCGCCCCUGUCAAGAGUCCAGGCCUGCACCUCCAAUCACCACUCCCACCAAAUGGGAAAGCGCCAACGCACCAUGGUCGCGGCUGCAUAUUGACUUGGCCGGCCCAUUUCAAGGCAAGACCUUCCUAGUAGUUGUAGAUUCAUUCUCUAAAUGGAUCGAUGUGGCCCUUCUACUCACAACCACCACUCGAGCAAUUGCCCAAGCUCUAACCCAUCUGUUUGUCACACACGGUCUGCCGGACACUAUAGUCUCAGACAAUGGCCCUCAAUUUACUUCCACGGAAUUCAGCCGGUAUGUCACCAACCUGGGCAUCCGGCACAUUCUAACGGCCCCUUUUCAUCCCUCGAGCAAUGGACUGGCUGAGAGAGCUGUCAGAACUGCCAAAGAGGCACUAGCCAGACGCUUAAGGACAGUACUAGAUAGACUG